GACUGACGAGGCGAGCAGCGAGCAGGACAGCAGCUCCUAACAAACAAAGCAGCGAAAGUGAAGAGGAACAAGAGAGUCCGGAUUCAGUGCCACCAAAAGUGAAGAAGAAGAAGAAGAAGAAGAAGAUCCUCUUUUCACUCAGGGAAAAUAAAAAUAAAUAACUGCCAUGGAUGCUGGUGGCGGCAACUCGUUGCCAUCUGCACCGGACGGGGUGAAGCGAAAAGUGUGUUAUUUCUAUGAUCCAGAGGUUGGGAAUUACUAUUAUGGCCAAGGUCACCCUAUGAAGCCGCAUCGAAUUCGGAUGACACAUGCUCUUCUUGCCCACUAUGGACUGCUUCAGCAUAUGCAGGUCCUCAAGCCGUUCCCUGCUAGGGACAGGGACCUUUGCCGCUUCCAUGCCGACGAUUAUGUUGCAUUCCUUCGAAGCAUAACCCCUGAAACGCAGCAGGACCAUCUGAGGCAACUCAAGCGCUUUAAUGUCGGCGAAGAUUGCCCCGUCUUUGAUGGACUGUACUCGUUUUGUCAAACAUAUGCUGGAGGCUCGGUUGGUGGUGCUGUCAAGCUGAACCAUGACCAAUGUGAUAUAGCUGUCAAUUGGGCCGGUGGCCUGCAUCAUGCCAAGAAAUGCGAGGCUUCUGGGUUUUGCUAUGUGAAUGAUAUUGUCCUUGCAAUCUUGGAACUUCUUAAACAGCAUGAGCGAGUUCUAUAUGUGGACAUUGAUAUCCACCAUGGAGAUGGUGUGGAGGAAGCUUUCUACACUACCGAUAGAGUCAUGACUGUUUCCUUCCAUAAAUUUGGUGAUUAUUUCCCUGGCACGGGGGACUUACGUGAUAUUGGAUACGCAAAGGGAAAAUACUACUCUCUUAAUGUUCCUCUUGAUGAUGGAAUUGAUGAUGAGAGUUAUCAUUUCUUGUUCAAACCUAUAAUUGGUAAAGUGAUGGAAGUUUUUAAGCCUGGUGCAGUGGUUCUCCAAUGUGGUGCAGAUUCUUUAUCUGGAGAUAGAUUGGGAUGUUUCAAUCUUUCAAUUAGGGGACAUGCGGAGUGUGUUAAAUACAUGAGAUCAUUCAAUGUUCCCCUCUUACUACUAGGUGGUGGUGGCUACACCAUUCGGAAUGUUGCUCGUUGCUGGUGCUAUGAGACAGGAGUUGCUCUUGGAAUGGAGGUAGAAGACAAAAUGCCACAGCAUGAGUACUAUGAAUAUUUUGGUCCAGAUUAUACCCUUCAUGUUGCCCCAAGUAAUAUGGAAAACAAGAAUUCCCGUCAUUUAUUGGAAGAAAUUCGAUCUAGGCUACUUGAAAAUCUUUCCAAGCUGCAGCAUGCUCCCAGUGUCCAGUUUCAGGAAAAGCCUCCUGAUUUUGAUGUUGGAGAGGCAGAUGAAGAUCAAGAUAAUGGCGAUGAGAGAUGGGAUCCUGAUUCUGACAUGGACAUUGAUGAUCGAGAGAUUCUUCCGGGCAAAGUGAAAAGAGAAACAGUUGAACCUCCACACAAUGAUCAGGCAUUCCAGGAGGAUCAGAGAAGAACUGCAGAGCAUUUAAGAAGCUCGGAUAAUGCAGCAGACGAAGCAGCAGCUUGCUUGAAGCCUUUGGAUAUCAGUUCCCAGCCAGUUGAUGAAGAUAAUGUGAAAGUUGAACAGGAUCAUGCUGUGAAUGAUUUGGUGAGAGAGAUGACGGAUCUGAAGGGUUAAGCAAAUGGGGUUUUCAACUGACUGAUGAGCUAUGGUGCUGAUUUAAUGAUCGGUUCAUGCAGUCACAUUUCCCAAAAUGUUGGAGGUGUGACGGCCAAUUGGAUUUUCUUAACUUGUAUACCUCCCUUAUCAUUUUCUUGAGUUGAGGGCAAGGAUUGGAAAUUUAAUUGAUGUUAACACACAGCACUUGGUUUCUUUGUAUUAGAUGUAAACAUAAAAUGGAUGGUGAUGUUCUCAUGGAUAUUUAAACUCUCUCAAGUGUAGUAUCCUUGUUCAAGUUAAUAGGUGAAUUUUUUCUGUGCUCACAUUGUAUACAAAGCUGGGGUAAAAAAAAAACCCAUAACGGAUAUUAGAAAUCA